UCGCUGCCUUUCCUCGUGUCCUCUUGGGACUGACGUAUCCAUUCUCCAUCACUCAUUAUCACACCGGUGGAAGUGUGUGUCCUGUAGAGACGCUCACAUCACACACACACACUUGCGCCGGUGCAGAGAAACAGGACAGGUAAAUGGAUCCAAUGCAGCCCGUUCAGAGCUGCCCAAUGCCCGAAGAACAUACUGGAGUUCUAGGACUCCACAAACCACCAGUCCCAGCCCUGCUUGGAAACCCUUGCAAAAUGCCUGCAUCCUCACACUGCCAGACGGUCAUGAAUGGAAACCCACCAGUGUUGGGACAGACCCCGGCACUGCAGACAAACCCAGCCGUUCAGGAGAGAACCAGACCAGACUCCACUGCACAAUCCACAAAAUGCAUCAGCAUCAGUCGACCCAGGCCUACGGCACUGGGCACCAAGACAUCAAUCAAAGUCUCCAGACCCACUGAGCCUCCAUUGCAGGUUAAAGCUAUGGGAAUGCCCAACUUCCUGUCGCACUCCCCAACCGAGUCACCAUUGUCUUAUUGCAGCCCUCAAAACACACUGAGCCCCACUUCUCAACUUGGUUUCAACCCCCCAACACUUCCAAGCCCUCCAUCACAGCCUGUCCAUGCUAACACACACAAUAACCUAAUCGCCAGACCAAUCCUCAACCCAAACCCCAGCCCCCCGUCUAGCCCCGUUCCUCAACCGAUUCCAAGUCCUGAAGCACAUGUGCCAAACACAGGAGACGCUACUGAGAAGAAGUUGAACAAGACCAUCAGCAAAGAGGGGGAUUUCAGAGUGCAUAUUGUCACAUGGAAUGUAGGCUCUGGUAUACCACCUGAUGACAUCACUUCCUUGUUUGGACCUGGUGUUGAAAAUGGGAGCACUGACAUGGUGGUUGUCGGACUGCAGGAAGUAAACUCUAUGAUUAACAAGCGGCUCAAAGAUGCUCUCUUCAUAGACCAAUGGAGUGAGCUCUGCAUGGACACACUCAGUCGUUUUGGAUACGUGUUGGUGGCAUCUCAGAGGAUGCAGGGGGUUUUCUUACUGGUGUUUUCCAAAUUCUGCCACCUUCCCUUCCUCAGAGGAGUACAAACCCAAAGCACACGCACUGGGUUGGGAGGCUACUGGGGGAAUAAAGGGGGCGUAAGUGCACGCAUGAUGGUUUUCGGACACCCUGUGUGCUUCCUCAACUGCCACCUGCCGGCUCACAUGCGUAAUCUGGAGCAGCGGAUGGAGGACUUUGAAAGCAUCCUGCAGCAGCAGCAGUUCGAGGGCGGCACGGCUGUGGGUGUGCUGGAUCACGAUGUGGUGUUCUGGUUCGGUGAUCUGAACUUCCGAAUUGAAGGUUAUGACAUUCACGUGGUGAAAAGUGCAAUUGAGAAUGACAAACUGCCUCUACUGUGGGAAAAAGAUCAGCUCAACAUGGCAAAAAAAAGCGAAUCCGUUCUGGAGGGGUUUAUAGAAGGACCCCUCAAUUUCCCGCCAACUUACAAGUUUGAUGUGGGGACACAUACUUAUGACACAAGUGCAAAAAAGAGGAAGCCUGCUUGGACGGAUCGCAUCUUGUGGCGUCUGCGCAGGACGGGCUCCCCUGUGCCGUCCCAUAAUUCUGCACUACAGCGGGGUUUGACCUCAUGGCUGGGCGGCGCCACCAGAGUUUCCCAGCACUACUACCGCAGUCAUAUGGGCUUCACUAUUAGUGAUCACAAGCCGGUGUCCGCCCUCUUCUCUUUGCAUUUUCCCUUUAAGGUGAACUUACCAUUAGUGACACUGGAAGUGGAGAAGGAAUGGACCAAGUUCUCUGAUGCUACAGUUAAACUCUCAAUGGCCCAUGGAUUUCAGAGGAGUUCUUGGGACUGGGUGGGACUGUACAAGGUGGGAUUUAAGCACCACAAGGAUUACGCUGCAUACGUACGGGCCAAAUCUGAGCAUUCGACACAGGUGACGUUUUCUGAGGAGGAUCUGCCAAGAGACCCGGGAGAAUAUAUUCUGGGAUAUUACAGUAACAACACCAACAGCAUCGUAGGAGUGACAGAACCAUUUCAGGUUCACGCUUCUCGUAGCCCCAGCCCUGGAAACCACAGCAGCAAACGGCAUCACCAGAAGCGCCAGCGCAGCCGCAGCCCCGCCAUACCGGCGCUCUCCGGGACACCUCUUCCCUCCCUGCAGUCUCUCAGCCUGUGCCCACGUCCCCGCGACGGCCCAGCACGGAGCUCCUCCCCGCGCCCUUCGGCCAACGCCAAGAAAGAGCGUCUGGUUUCUCCAGACACAUUAACUUCGCCCUCCCUCAGUCCACGGAGCCCAGUGUCCCCCGUCAGCACUCCGGAGGCUCUGAUAGCAGCCAUUUUAGGAGAGCCCAGGCCUCAUUAG